UUGACAUUUCAAUUUGUUGUUUCUUGUUUGUGUGUAAAUUGCAAGGUUAAUUUUUAUUUUUCCUAAUAAAUAUUAAACGUUUUGAUUUAAUUCUCUAAUUGUUCCAGAAUUAUGAAUUCAUAUUAAUCAACCAACUAACAACCAAGCAGUCAUGGAUACAGUGGACAUCCUAGACGUGUCUCAGCUGCGGCUGGCGGGCGACUUCGACGCUCAGGUCCGGGAUGUGCUGCAGUUUGUGAGGCUCACGAGGGAGGAGGUGGAGAACCUGAGGCUACUGUAUGAGGACCUGGAGCAGACGCUGCGGACGCGCUGGCACGAUUGUAAGAUUCAUCCUUUUGGUUCAAUAGUGACUGGACUCGGAAUAAAGACUAGUGAUGCAGACUGCUUUGUUGAGGUACCUUUUGUGCCUUCCUCUCAGAAAAACUCCCAGAUAUGUGUGAAGGCAGCUCGAAACACUCUGCAGAGAUAUCCAGAUCUGUUCACUAAACUGUUUGUCAUAUUAUCAGCAAAAGUGCCAAUAGUUCAGUUCACACAUGUGCCGACACAGAUCCACUGUGACGUGAGCUUCACGAGUCAUGCGGGGACCCGCAACAGUGAACUCAUCUGUUUCAUGAUGCAAUUGGACAGCAGGGUCCUUCCCAUGACCAUCCUCAUUAAAUACUGGUCUAAAGUUCACGGCCUCACCGGCACCAACAAACUACCCAAUUACUCUCUCAUCAUGAUGACUAUAUUCUACUUACAACAAAUAGAUGUCCUGCCCUCUGUUGAGUAUCUGCAGAAUUCUGCAGCACAAACGAACAUGGUGGAUAAUUGGAACACCAGCUUCAUGACAAAUAAGUCCCAAGUGCCUCCGUCGCAGAAUAAAACGCCUUUAUACGGACUGCUGAGAGGGUUUUUCGAAUACUAUAGAGAUUUUGACUAUAAAGACAGUAUUAUAAGUCCAUAUUUGGGAAGGCCACUGAAAAAGACAUGGUUCAAAGGUAUUGAGCAUGUACCAAAUGAGUUUGCUCAGUACAUAAAUAAUGUGACAAACAACAACUGCCCUCCAAUAAAAACUGAGACUAAUGGCCUCAUCUGUGUACAAGACCCGUUUCAGCACAACAGAAAUUGCACCGCGGGGGUUUUCCCCAGGCUGUUUGCGACCCUUGUGGCAUACUUUAGACAGUCAGUGAACAUUUUUGAAGGAUGUCCGCGAGAUAGUGUCUUAGGGGAGUUGUUAAGACAGCCACCGCCAAAUAUCCCUGUGCCACCAAAACGGGUGAUUAAUAUUGGUACCGUGGCCAAUGGCACACACAAUAAUAGACCCAAUAAAAUUGUUAAAAGAAAGAAUAAUUCAGUGUUGCCACCUCACCUGCAGAAGAACAAACACAACAAUAAGGCAGUCUGGAAUUAUGCAGUCAGUAAUGCGCAGGGCAGAAAUGGACCUAACUAUAUGAAGAGGAGAUUUUAGUAUACAAUUCUAUUUAUAUUUUUUGUGGUUUACUACUUGUGUACCUACCUUGUAAGUUAAUUGACUAUAAAAUAUACAUUCAGGAGGGUGAAUUAUGAUAAAAAUAUGCUUUUUAAUAUUU